AAUCAUUCGCUUGGUUGCUAAUUUUCAGCAACAAGGUUCAGUGUUCAGUAAGGAACCGUCUUGGUACCGGAAGACCACAUACAGCGCGCACCAGCGAAAAUAUUGAACGUGUACGGGAGAGCGUGGAAGAGAGUGCUGAAACAUCGACGAGAAGACGUUCGGCACAACUUGGGUUAUCAAGGAGGUCUCUUCAAAGAAUUUUGGCCACAUUGCACAUGUUUCCCUAUAAAAUCCAGCUGGUGCAAGAAAUAAAGCCGACAGACUACCAACAGCGGCUUGAUUAUGCUAUUGCGUUACAGCGAAAAGCUAGAGAAAAUCGCGAUUUUAUUGACAAUAUCAUAAUGAGCGAUGAAGCCCAUUUUCAUUUAAAUGGAUUUGUCAAUAAGCAAAACAUUAGGAUUUGGGCUACUGAGAAUCCAAGGGUGGUUUAUCAGCGAGAGCUGCACCCACUUAAAUGUACUGUUUGGUGCGGUGUAUCGUCCGAAAGGGACAUAUUUCUUCGAGAAUGAAGUCGGUGCUGCAGUUACAGUUACCAUCAAUGCCAGAGCGCAGCGGUAACAAACCGUCCUCAAAUAUGGUUUCAGCAAGACGGUGCCACGGCUCAUACCGCAAGGGACUAAUUGGUUUUGUUACAGGAGUUCUUCAGUGAUAACAUUAUUUCGCGCCGAAGCGACUUUAAUUGGCCAACGCGCUCGCCGGAUUUGACCGCUCUAGACUUUU